AUGACCACCUUCACUAGUUUCACUUUCCUUCUUUUGCCUUUUGUUGUUUUUCAUGUUGCCAACGCAGCCAUUUUUGACAUUCGAAACAACUGUCCAUACACUGUUUGGGCUGGUGCUGUGCCGGGUGGUGGAAGACAACUUAAUCCAGGCCAAUCUUGGUCUUUAAACGUCCCAGCUGGCACCAAAGGAGCCCGUAUAUGGCCACGAACCAAAUGCAACUUUGAUGGUUCUGGUCGAGGGCGGUGUGAAACUGGUGACUGCAACGGUCGUCUCCAAUGCCAAAACUAUGGUAUGCCACCUAACACGUUGGCCGAGUAUGCUUUGAAUCAGUUCAAUAAUCUUGAUUUCUUUGACAUAUCUCUUGUGGACGGGUUCAACGUGCCCAUGGAAUUUAGUCCGACUUCUGGAGGGUGCACUCGGGGCAUUGUAUGUCGCGCAGACAUCAAUGGGCAGUGUCCUAACCAGUUACGGGCUCCCGGUGGGUGUAACAACCCGUGUACCGUGUUCAAGACCGAUCAAUAUUGUUGUAACUCUGGAAGUUGCGGGCCGACUAGUUUUUCAAAGUUUUUCAAAGAUCGGUGUCGUGAUGCGUAUAGUUAUCCUAAGGAUGAUGCCACUAGUACUUUUACGUGCCCCGGUGGAACCAACUAUAAAGUCGUGUUUUGCCCUUGAUCGAUCCAUCACCCGGCCACUUGACUAUGAACGUGAAAC